GGCUGAGCAAGAAGGGGGGAAAACCAAGCUGCUCUUGGCCAAGAGUCCUUUUUACUUUUGUCCAGACUCCACUCUUUUCCCCUGCUCUGCUGGACAGACAUGGAAGAGAUCCUACAUCUCAUCUUCUUGGUUUUCUUGUCAGCACCCUGCGCUGCAGAGAACAUCACUGUGGUAUACGGAAUGGAAGGUGGGACCAUUUCUAUCAACUGCACCUAUAACCCCUGGCAGCAGCGGUGGAGAGAAAAGAGCUGGUGCAAGCAGGUUGAUGAGAUCAAGUGCCAACAUGUGGUGAGUGCCCGCCGCUUCUGGCUGCAAUUCCUGAAGAACAGGAAUGGCACCACUUCCAUCAGUGACAACAUCCAUGAAGGGGUGCUGACGGUGACCAUGAGGAGACUCAAGAAGCAGGAUGCCGGGCUCUACCACUGCAAAACUGAAUACUUGGGAGAAACAAAGACCUUAAGGAAGGUGCAGGUGGAAGUGCUGACAGUAUCAGCUACAGUGCAGACCGAAAUGCCAGAGGAGCCCAGAGCGGUGCAAAGCAUCUCCAGCAUCACUCCCGAAGCUGAUUUCACUGUCCUCUACAUCGUUACCGGACUCCUGGUUACUAAGUUCCUGGUGGCUGUGCUGAUCUUUACAGUUGCCAACAGCAGGAAAAACAGAGACACAGACACAGAGGAGAAGAACCAGAGCCUCAAUGAACAGCAGCUGCUCCCUUUCACUGGCAGCCUGGCUGGGCAUGCACGGGGUGGAAUCCGCCCCUCCUGGGAAAACACUGCUUAGAGCUGAUCCAAAGACAACAGCGAAUCGCAUGGCAAAGAACGUUAAACACUCGCAGGCAAAGAAAACUUUCCACCAGCCAUAAGGAUCGCCUGCUACACAUAGGUAGCAAUGAACUCUAGAGGGGGAAUGCUGACAUCUGCCACCUUUUCUCAUUGCCUCUGACCAACACAUUUUUUAACACAACAGAGCUGAAAAGAUGCUGCCCGUAACACCUGAACCUGAUGGAAGGGGACGGGGCUGGAGGGAAGAGAGUGUAUAAAGUAUUUCUGCCAAGAGAUCCAGCACAGACUUGCCUGCAUGCAGAAAUGCUUCUGCAGGAACAGGAAAGGUGAGAGAGCUCUGCUCAGUUCUCCCCUAGCUCAGUGCCAGGCCAGACAAAUCUUCGUUGCUCUGCGUGGCUACUGGAAAAUGCUUUGUUAUAAAUUAUUAGCUGUAGACUACAGACACAUCAGUGAAUAUAAACAGAAGUUUAAGUCAUGCCUCUCAACCACCAUGUGUUUUGGGGAGUAAUUCACAAGCUCUGUAAAUUACUCAUUCGUAAGAUGUAAAACAGGAAGAGCCUUACUGUGUCUCACAUCUCCAAGGAAUUUUCCUGAUUCACUGAAGAUUAGUGUUAAAGAGCUAAUAGCUUUUUCAACAUGUCUUCCCUGUCUCUAUAAAACCCUUGAAUGUUUUCACCCAAAAGCAUGAAAUAUAGCCAGUAGUGGAUGGUUUGUAUUAAAAACGAAUAUUAUUAUUUGUCUAGAAAUGAGCUUUGUAACUGAGAUUCCUCUCUCUAAAGACUGAAGCCGCUGCCAUAGUGAUGGCAAUGCAAUUCUCUGUUAUCAUUUGUAGAGAGGCCAGUAACUGCACCAUACCACAGGCAGGGUUAUGCCAGAUGGUCAUCUCUAGUAUCAUUCUAGUAGGGUCCGAAUUGAGACCCGUCGAGUUCAUGUCAUCUCAGAGUCUUCAAGGUGAUGAAAGGACUCGCUCCCAAAGAUUACCUUGGACGGCGUGGAUCUUUGCUGGACAGUCACUAUGGAAGGACAUAAUGAACUGGAAAACGUAAUAGAAAGGGAUGUGAAGUCUACACUCAGCUCUGAGCCUGCUUCCUAAUUUCUCAAAUGAUUUUGCAAAGAAUGAACCGUCGUGCUGUAUUUCUUCCUGUACUUUUUCCACUCGCUUAGGAGGAUGUUACCAACAUGUGAUCUUUGCUCAUCACUCCCAAAAGCGAAGCUGAAUUUUGAUCUACCAGGAAGAGUUCUCAUUACAUAAUGCUAAACUUCACCAAAAAAUAUAAAGUCAACGAGCAUUCAGCUAAGCCCACUUUUCUACUCCAAACUCAGGGCCACUCACAUUUCCUUUCCCUACA